AUGGGACACAUUUCCAUCCCCGAAGAAAAUAAGCGGAUAUUUCAGUCAUAUAAGGAUGCUUUACUUGACCAGGCCAGACCAGAUGUCCCCUACAAAACAAAGAAGGGAGUAUUUGUACAAGAGGGUAGAGGUUUUAUUAAAGACUUUUUGGCCCCUGUUGUUUCAAGCUUAGGAUUUCUAAUGCUAUAAAAGAGGUGACGUAUCGCAAAGUUUAUCACCGGUGCUCAAUAAUAAUAGUAAAACAUUUAUAAUGCGCAAAUUCCAUAAAAUGUUCAAAUGCGCAUGACAAGAUUAAAAACGAAAUAAAAAGUCUAAAAAGCUAAAAUUACAAUUAAGAGUAAACUUACAAUGACUUAAAAAGCUAAAAUUACAAUUAAAAGUAAACUCACAAUAAUAAAAACAACUAUGAUAACAAUGCAUGACGGAAAAGGUAAGUUUUUAGCUUGGCUUUAAAAAUACUAACUGUGAUGGCGCUUCUUAUGUCAAAUGGUAACGCAUUCCACAGUUUCGGUGCAGCACCGGUAAAAGGACGAUUACCUAGUGUAGCUUUAGAUUUAAAACGCGGAUAACUAAGUAAAAGGUUAUCACUAGAAUUCCUUAGAUUAUAUUUAGAUGGAAGCCUAAGAAAAAUGAGAGACGAUAAAUAAGUAGGCACUAAAAAAUUAAGAAUCUUAAAAGUAAGUAAAAGUAUUUUAAACUCGAUUCUACAUUUAUUCGGUAACCAGUGUAAUUCAUAAAUAAGAGGCGUUACACGACCAAAUUUCUGUUCUCUAAAAAUCAGUCUGGCGCAAGCGUUCUCUACUCGUUGCAGUUUAUUCAACAAGCAGUCUGGUAGUCCAUGUAAAAGACCAUUGCAAAUAGUCAAGGCGACUUGUUAUGAAUGCAUGAACUAGUAUCUCAGUUGACUGCCGUGAAAGAUACUUUCUGAUCCGACGAACAUUAAAAUACAGUAAAAUGCAGAGGCACAGGUUUUUUUGAUUUGUGAUGCCAUGGACAGACUAGAGUCAAACCAACAACCAAGAUUUCUCGCGAGUGGCACGGGAUGAAUAUCUGAGUCACCCACACGUAUACUGGUAUUAUCUAACUUUUCCAGCUGUUGUGAUGAACCAAUGAUGAGGAAUUCAGUAUUGUCGUCAUUAAAUUUAAGAUCAUUAUUCAACAUCCAAGAACGAAUGUCUCUGAUGCAGUCUUCCAUAUUCCUCACCGCAGUAAGUAGUUCAGCUCCGUCGUUCUGACUAAAUGCGAUCAAAACUUGUGAAUCAUCAGCGUAACAGUGAAUCAUGGGCAGAUGAUAUUUAAUUAUCUCAAAAAGCUCACUCGUGUACAACGUGAACAAUAGCGGACCAAGACAUGAACCUUGAGGCACGCCGCAUUCUAAUUUAAAAGGUUUAGAUGGUGACUCGUUGAUCAUUAUCCCCUGAGUUCUUGCAGACAAAUAGGAUGCAAACCAGGAGAGGGCUUUUCCCUGUAUACAAAAUGAGUAUUCAAGUCCACGUUGCAUGGUGUCGUGAUUAACUGUAUUAAAGGCAGCACUCAAGUCGAGCAGAAUUAGCAAAGUAACACACUGAUUGUUCAUGUUCAAGAGAAUGUCAUUCAUAACCUUAAGCAGUGCAGUUUCUGUUCUGUGUUUUUGUCGAUAAGCUGAUUGGAACACUAGGAACAGAUUGUUACAAUUUAAAUAAUGUUGUAGUUGCUUGGCAACCACAGUCUCAACGAGCUUUGAGAUAAAUGCCAAAUUACUCACUGGUCUGAAGUUCUUAAAGAGGGGGGGGGGCGGGGGGUAAUCCAUCCUUUUUCAGCGGCGGCCGCGCUAGAGCACACUUCUAGGUGCGCGGAAAAUAACCAGAAUCAAACGAAAGAUUAAUUAUUUUGGUGAUAGGAGGCAGUAGCACAUCGACGCACUCAUUAAGAAGCUUGGUUGGAAUAGGAUUAAGAGGACAAGACUUCUUAGCCGAAGCUGUGAUUAGAUCAAACACCUCUGAUUCGGACAACAGAUUAAAUUCUGAAAAACAGGAAGCAGUCACAGUACUAGUUGCGUUGAUAGGAAGGCAGAUCUGGUUCGUAUUACAGACCUGAUAUCAGCAAUUUUUUGGGCGAAGAAUUUGCCAAAAUCAUAAGCCAACUGAUAAUAAUUGGUAGAUAAUGGAAGGCCAGAACCUUUCGAUAAAUUUAGCAAGGACUUGCUUGUUCUAAAUAACCUCCUCUGGUCUGUGCUGUUCUCAGUUAUGAAGUUUGUAUAAUAGUCACUACGAGCCUUGUUACUCAGAAACGUCACACGAUUUCUCAUAGUACGGUGAGACAGUAAAUCGAUGUGUGCUUUAGAAGCUCUCCAUUUUUUUCAGCUUAAUUCCUCCUUUGUCGUUUAGCCAAUUUAAUUUCGUCGUUCAUCCAUGGAACACAUGGUCGACUAGUAGUAUACUUAUGCUUAACGGGAGCAUGACGACCCAGCAGGGAACCCAAUGUAUUGUCAAAUAAGGCAGCAAGCUCAUCAGGAUCAUCAGUAUCCAUGGCGGAGCAGAUAAGAUUAUAACCAACCGCCGUUACGCCGCUGACCAAAAGAGUCAAAAAAUGAAGAAAAAGAUAGAUUUGGUUGAAGAAGAGCACGAGAGUGAACAUAAAGAAAGCGAAAGUUCCGGUGAUGAAAGCGAAGAUGAAGAACCAAGAAUAAAAGAUGUUUUGAGUCAUCUUUCCCGAGCGGUGUCUGAAAAGCGUGCUUCUGAUCUGCUGCAUAGUAUGGCUGCUUCCAAAGACAUUCUUUUCUGGACUCCCCGCGGACAAUUACUUCGAAAUAAACGUAUAAUUCCCGUCACAAACAUCGCCGAGCUAGUUGAUUAUGUGUUACUCCCUCAUAACAAUGAAGUUACCAAGCCUCGUGCGCUGAAUAUGUUUCUAGAUGGACUUGCAUAG